ACAUAUAUUUAGUUGCAUUAUUAUAUAUAAUUCAACACGUACUAUAUAAAAUAUAAAUUAAAUUAUUGAAAAGGCUUUGUCUCUAAGUAGUGUGAAAAUGAUGAAAAUUGUGAAAGAUGUUAAAUUUGUGGAAACAGUAACAGGACCUGUACUGCUGGAUGACCUCGGUAUUACAUUAACGCACGAGCAUCUUUUUAGCGAUUUUUCCAACUGUUUUAAGCGAGCUCCGUAUUCGCAUGAGCUUUCGAGAGAUCAUACAAAAAUUACAUUGAAAGGUAGCGGCUAUCUUAAUCUAUAUCCGUAUAGCAAUAUGAACAAUUUGAAAUUUUUGGAUAAGGGAAAAAUAAUUAGUCAAAGUGAAAUAUUGCAGUUCAGACAACAUGAUGGGAAAACAAUUGUGGAAAAUAGCAAUCAUGGAUUGAGAUGUUUUAACAUGCAAGACAAAUACAGAAAUGUGUCCUUAAAACAGAAUAUUAACAUAAUUAUUGGAACAGGAUAUUAUGUUGCUCAGACGCAAGUUGGAUCAACCUUAAAUAUGUCAAAAGAAAAUAUGUAUAAUGUUAUGUGUACGGAAUUAAAAAAAGGUAUUGCAGAUCGUGAACAUUAUAAAACAUCCUUAAUAAAAGCAGGAUUUAUCGGCGAAGUGGGCAGUUCUUGGCCAAUUCAUGCCUUUGAAAAACGUUCUAUUUCUACAACUGGCGAAGUGCAAGAAAAAUUGCAUUGUCCUGUUAGCUUUAGUCCUGGAUCAAAUGCAUCCGGAUCGAAAGCAUCUGCACCUAUGGAGAUAAUGCGUAUCUAUCAAGAGGCCGGAGGGAACGCUCGCAAAGCCAUUAUGUGUCACGUUGAUCGUACUUUGACCAACGAGGAACAACUCAUGGAAUUCGCAGAUGAUAACAAAUGUUACAUUCAAUUCUCUAUGUUUGGUACCGCGUGUUCUUUCUAUCAACACGAUCCGACUGCUGUUAUAUUGUCAGAUGCAGAGCGUGUCGAAUUUAUUGCAAAAUUCAAAAAAGAAUCGAAAUUGGAUCAGGUAUUAAUGAGUCACGAUAUUCAUACCAAAAACAGACUGGCAAAGUAUGGCGGUCAUGGAUUUGGUCAUAUCGGUCAAUGUAUUAUACCGUAUAUGAGAGAAAGUGGUUUUGCAGAUGAGGAUAUCACACAACUGAUGGUUGAAAAUCCUAAGAAUUGGUUAAGCUGGGGCCAAUAAUAGAUUUCUUUUAUAUGCGAUAUUGUUUUUUUUUCUAAAAAUUGUAAACAGUUUAUGCCGUAGCUAUUAAGUACUAUAACUAUAUUUAUCUAUAAUGAGCAACAAUUUUAGAAUAAUGUGUUUUUCUUUCAAAUAAGUACACGACAUUCAAUUCUCGUCUAAAUUGCGCACGUGGAUAUAAGAAUGGAAUUUUGCAUCGAGAUCAUAAGUACAUAUACACGAAAAUGUAAACGACGUUGCUCAAUCUGCAGAAUACUACGGAUACGCCGUGGUGUAAUUAACUCGUUUAUUGUUAAAACGCGAGCACAAUAUUGUCGCAAUGACUAAAGCAUGUUUGAACUAUGCGAUAAAAUAUUUUCGAAAGCAAUGUUUCUCUCAUGCCAUAAAAAAGUACCUGGAAUUCGUUUUCGAUUUGCAUCAUAAUUGUUUUAUCAUCAUUAAUGCAACAUCCGCGGUAAAAUUGGAAAGUGAUGUUUAAUUAUCGGUUGAAACAUUGAUAAUAAAGAAUAGAGUACAAAAUUUUAAAACAAUGAUAAAUUUUUUUAAAUUUUAUUUGUUCUUUGCUUUCAAAAAC